GAUAUUAAGAUCAAAUCUUGUUUACGUCAUUAUUGUCGCCGAAUUCAAACAAAAAAAAAAAGCUCAUUGUUUUUUUUUUUGAAAGGCAAAAAAAAAAAAAAAAAAAAAAAAAAAAAAAAAAAGCUCAUUGUUUGUAAGCCGACAAGUUACAAAGAAGAGGAACAACACCUCUCUCCCUCGAACCCAAAACACCAAACGAUCACCCCCGUCUGACACCCUCUUUUUUCGUCUCUCUCCUAUUUUUAUUAUUUCCUUCCAUUUCUUCUCCUUCACUACUUCUUCUUCUUCCUCCAUCACAUUCUCUCUCCACUGCGAUCGAUCUGCAAUCUUCAGCAGCAGCAGCAGUAUUCAUCAAUGGCGAGGGCUAGCACUGGCCCCGCUUACCCUGAACGCUUCUACGCUGCCGCUUCUUACGUCGGUUUUGCCGGAUCUCCUGAUUCCUCCGCCUCUAACGCCGUCGUUUCUAAGUUCAAUAAUGAAGCCGCUCUUUUGCUUUAUGGUCUUUAUCAACAGGCUACUGUUGGACCAUGUAACAUUCCGAAACCAAGUUCUUGGAGUCCUGUUGAGCUAAGCAAAUGGAAAAGUUGGAGUGGUCUAGGCAAUAUGGCACCUGCAGAAGCCAUGCGCCUAUUUGUGAAGAUUUUAGAGGAAGAGGACCCAGGCUGGUAUUCAAGAGCUGAAGUGUCAGAUGCAAUUGUUGACGUGCAAAUGAAUCAUGACUCGAAGAGUGAGGAAAUCGUUGAGAAUGGCAAUGCUUAUCCGGAGACAAAGACAGUUUCCACUGAAAAUGGAAAAGUAGUAGAAUCUGAGGAUAAGGAUGUUGUAUCUGAAGGUCUUGGAUCAAUUAGUGUCUACGAUCAAUGGGUUGCGCCUCCCGUUUCUGGCCAACAACCUAAACCCCGAUAUGAGCAUGGAUCAGCUGUUAUAGGGGAGAAGAUGUAUGUCUAUGGCGGAAAUUACAAUGGCCGGUAUCUUAGUGAUCUUCAGGUUUUAGAUAUGAGAGCUUGGACCUGGUCCCGAGUGGAGGUCAAGAAAGGAGCUGAAACUACAGAAGUGGAGUCUUGUAUCCCAUCUAUCCCUUGUGCGGGUCAUACGUUGAUAACAUGGGAAAACAAGCUUCUCUCAGUUGCUGGGCAUACAAAGGAUCCUUUUGAGACAAUCCAAGUGAGAGUUUUUGAUCCGCAAGCAUCUACUUGGUCAAUCCUGAAGACGUACGGAAAGUCACCGGUAUCUCGUGGGGGCCAUUCUGUUACCCUUGUGGGCAACACCUUAGUUAUUUUUGGUGGUCAAAAUGCAAACAGAACUCUCUUAAAUGAUCUUCACCUUCUUGACUUGGAAACCAUGACAUGGGAUGAUUUUGAUGCAGUGGGUGUGCCUCCAUCUCCAAGGUCUGAUCAUGCUGCUGCAGUACAUGCAGAACGUUACCUCCUUAUAUUUGGUGGUGGCUCUCAUGCUGCUUGCUUCAAUGAUUUGCAUGUUCUUGAUUUGCAAGCUAUGGAAUGGUCGAGACCCACUCAGCAAGGUGAUAUACCUACUCCACGUGCUGGACAUGCAGGUGUGACUAUUGGAGAGAAUUGGUUUAUUGUUGGAGGAGGUGAUAAUAAAAGUGGUGCCUCUGAGACUGUUGUUCUCAAUAUGUCUACGCUUGUUUGGUCCGUUGUUACUUCAGUUGAAGGACGUGUUUCCCUUGCUAGUGAGGGUGUAAGCUUGGUUGUGGGCUCAUACAAUGGGGAGGAUGUUCUGGUUGCUUUUGGAGGUUAUAAUGGCCGCUACAGCAAUGAGGUUCAUGUUCUCAAACCUAGCCACAAAUCUAUGUUGCAAUCGAAAAUGAUAGAUACAUCUGUACCUGGCAGUGUCUCUGCUGUGCAUAAUGCAACAAAUGCCACAAAUGCCACUAGAGAUUUGGAAUCUGAACUUGAUGCAGGGCAGGACGGGAAAGUUAGGGAAAUUGUUGUGGACAAUAUUGAUGGAGAGAAAACUAAAAACAAGAAUGGUGGAGACCGUUCUAUAGCAGUGAUUACGAAAGAAAAGGAAGAGCUGGAAUCUGAAAUAAGUAAGGAAAAGUUGCUGAGUCAACAGUUGAAGCAAGAGUUGACAGAAGCUGAAAAUCGAAAUGGUGACCUUGUAAAGGAGCUCCAAUCUGUACGUGGUCAGCUUGCUGCUGAGCAGUCUAGAUGUUUUAAGCUUGAGGUUGACGUUGCUGAGUUACGGCAGAAGCUACAAACAAUGGAGCAAUUGGAAAAAGAAUUAGAGCUCCUGCGCAGACAGAAGGCGGCUUCUGAACAAGCAGCCCUAAGUGCAAAGCAGAGGCAGGGUUCUGGUGGUGUAUGGGGUUGGCUUGCAGGAUCACCUGGUCAAAAAGAGGAUGAUGCUUGAUGUUUCUAAGUACAAAAUGUUGCUAGUUUGUUUUUUUUUUUUUUUUUUUUUUUUUUUUUUUUUUUUUUUUGUGAUUGAUUCAUUGCUCUGUGAAAUUCAGUUUUGCUUUUUCUUCCGGUUUUUCUAAUUUUUUGGUCCGAGGAUAAUAAUUAUUAUAUUUUUUCCUAGUUUAUAAUCGAAGGUUCUGGGGUAUACAAAUUGGAAAACCCUGUAUACAAAAGGCGUUAGUUGCAUCACCAUGCUUGUAGACUGUAGUAGUAGUAUGUAAUGUAAUACAGAAGUAAAGACUACCUGAGAACUAAGAGGGUAUACAAGCUUUUCUUUUUUUUUUGUUUUUUUGGUUUAAUUACUGGGACGAUUAUUGUGUACCACUGUGUAGUCUUUUUCUUCUAUCAAAUGCAAAUGCUAUGGAAUUUCCUGACGACAUAAUUAUGUGUUGGGCAUGAAUGAA